AUCAAAACUAUAAAUCUGCCCAUCAGAAGAAGCGAGAUACCCAAUCACAGCACCAUCUAUACAACUAAGGCACCGGCAAUGGGAAGACUGCUAGUCACGAAUACGGACAUUUUUAUAUUUGCAAGAAACACCAGAAUGAUCGGCAUUGCAAAACUCCUGCAAAAGAGCUACAAGCGUUUAUCGCAAGCCUUUGAGGCGUGACGGUCCCACGAAUUAGAGUUAGUUCCGUGUAGAUCAAG